CCGACUCCUGCCUGGGUCCUGGGAGGAGGGGGCUGGGGACCCGGACUCCAUGCUGUAGAAAAAGGCUGGAUCGAGUCCUUGGGGGCGUUGUUUGAAAUCAGCCAAGGUCUGGGUGGGCAAGGUCCGGAGUUUGGCCGCAGGAAUGCACUCUGGCCGUGACCCUGCCCCACCCUGGGAUUUCCCGAGUCGCCACCCGGCCCGGGUCCCCGGGCUGAGCAGGAAUUUCCCUUGUGCGGGGAUUCCACGAGCGCCACGCUUGGCCACGCAUCGCGUCUCGGAGCGGGACACCUGGGUCGCCGGGCGGAGAGGAAGAAAGAGAUGGAAGAUUCCCUUGCGUGAGCGACGUGACGUCAGUGCGUCGCGUCUGGGCGGUUUCCGAGUCCGCCCUCCGGCGCUUAACCCUUCCUAUGCUCGAGCGGGGCUCGGAAGGGUGAGGGCUGAGGGACCGGCCUUCUUGCGUCGUGCGAACAAGGAGUCUGGAAACUGGGAUUACCAGGUCCUAGAGGGGAGUCGGCUGAGGGCCCGGACUCCUGGGUCCUGGGGAAGGGUAUGCGAGUCUCCCAGACUCCCGUGAGGUGGGGCUUGGACUUCUGGGUCUGAAGAGGGGGGCGAGGUCUGAACCUUUGGAUUCCUAAUGAGCUAGGGGGCUACUGACUUCGUGGUUCCUCAGGGAGAGGGGCUGGGGACUCGGAUGCCUGGUAUCCCGAGGAAAAAGUAUCAGGGCAGCUUCUAGGGCAGAGAGAUAUUGGGAACCUGGAUGUGCGUCACUGGGGAGUGAUGCCCGGCGACGCCCCGAAUCCCUCAGAACUGGGAGAUCUGGGGGUGGGGUGGGAUUUUUCACGGAAGUGUUAGGCAGAGGGAGGGGGGCUGCAGAGGGCGCCCUCCACCUCCUUCCUCAGUUUCCACGACGCUGGCGGAAAGUUGGGUCAGAGGGGAAGGUGCGGAGCAAAAGGAAGGAAACCGCGGAGGCGGCGCCGCACCCGAAAUCUUAGAUUGGCUUUGGAGUUCUCAGGCGGCAUCAGUGUGCCAGUUUUUCCGCGCGGGAGGGCGAAGAGGGCGCUCAGAUCCACUCCCCGGCGCACUUGGGUGACGUAAGGACCCCUGAUAACUUCCCUCCCUCCUCACCCCGCAGUGAGCCGGAAUGAGCGCAGCCACUGCCCAUCACAGACGGUGAAGAAGCUCCUAGAAGAACAAAGGCGCCGCCAGCAGCAGCCUGACGCUGGUGGGCUACCGGUGAGGCCGAUGAAGCGCUGUAAACUACAACUCCCGUGAGGCCAUGUCCUGUUGGACAAGGACUUGCUGCCUUGCUGGGCCCUCAGGGCUGAUGAGAGACGUAGUCCUGACUUAGAUGCCCCGUAGGUGGGGAAUGGAUGCUGAGGAAUCUGCCAGGUAAAUUCACCCUUGUUUCUUUUUGCUUAUGCCUCUACAGGGACAGUUCCUGGCUCCCCUGGCCCAGCCCCUGACCCCACCUGUGAAUGAGGGUGCAGCUGGCCAUACUCACUUCCCAGCACACCAGGAGACUGUGGGUUCUGGACUUGGCAGCCUGGCACCCCCCAUGGGCUUUCCAGACUGGGACCCCAACACGCAUGCUGCCUACACGGACAGGCCCUACUCUUACCCUGCUUCUGCUGCUGAAGGUUUCCUGACUCCUGACUUCUACUCACACUCGGACCCAGGGCGGCCGUGUUCAUUUCCCCUGGGGAUGGAGGACCCCCUGGAUACUCGGCUCUAUGUAGAACCUCCCCUGCCACAGGCAGGAUCCUGGAGAAGUUCUGGACUCCCUUCAGGACCCCCACAGUUGCCUCCUGUGGUCAACGGACCAUCCCUGGACGCUGCCCGUGCUCACAUGCUGGCUUUGGGGCCACAAAAGCUGCUGGCCCAGGAUGAGGAGGGAGACACGCUCCUGCACCUGUUUGCGGCUCGAGGGUUGCGCUGGGCCGCAUACGCCGCAGCUGAGAUGCUCCAAGCAUACAGACAUCUGGACAUUCGUGAGCAUAAGGGCAAGACCCCUCUUCUGGUGGCUGCUGCUGCCAACCAGCCCCUGAUUGUGGAGGAUCUACUGAACCUGGGAGCGGAACCCAACGCCACUGACCAUCAAGGGCGUUCUGUCUUACAUGUGGCCGCUACAUAUGGGCUCCCAAGAGUUCUCUCGGCUGUGAUUAACUCAGGGGUUCGAGUUGACAUCGAAGCCAGAGACUUCGAGGGCCUCACCCCUCUCCACACGGCCAUCCUGGCCCUCAACGUUGCUAUGCACCCACCCGACCUAUAUCCCGCAGUACUGAGUACCCAGGCCCAAGACAGGCUGGCUUGCGUCAAGAUGUUGCUGCACAUGGGUGCUGAUCAUACCAGCCAGGAGAUCAAGAGCAACAAGACAGUUCUGCACUUGGCUGUGCAGGCUGCCAACCCGACCCUGGUUCAGCUGCUGCUGGCGCUGCCACGGGGAGACCUGCGGGCCUUUGUCAACAUGAAGGCCCAUGGGAACACAGCCCUCCACAUGGCGGCCGCCCUGCCCCCUGGGCCGGCCCAGGAGGCCAUUGUGCGGCGCCUGCUGGCAGCUGGGGCGGAUCCAACGUUGCGCAACCUGGAGAAUGAGCAGCCUGUCCACCUGCUACGGCCCGGGCUGGGCCCUGAGGGGGUGAGCACUGAGCCCACCCUGACCGCAGGGUGCACCCCCGACCCCAACAUUCCUGACUGUAGAGGGUGACUUGUAAUCUCAGAAGGUGACCUUGGCCCUUAUCCAACCCUGACUUCAAAAUGUGACCUUGAGGGACUUCCCUGGCGGUCCAGCGGUUAAGACUCCACGCUUCCACUGCGGGGGGCACGGGUUCCAUCCCCGGUUGGGGAACUUAAGGUCUCACAUGCCAUGUGGCACGGCCAAAAAAAAAUGACACUGGACCUCAGUGUUUGCUCCCUUGCCUGAUAAUCGUGACUCCUCCUGACCUCUACUUUCAACCCUGUAUCCUGACCUCAAGGUGUGACCUCUGAUCCCCAAGCAUGACCUCCAGCCCCCUGACUUUUAGUCCUGAUCUCAGAGUGGGACUUCUGACCCCCAAAUGUGACUCUGGCCCCUUGUUUCUCCCCUUUGACUCCCAGUCCUCAAUGCUAAUCCCAAGGUGGGAACGCCCAGCCAGCAACACCUUUGCUCAGGAGCCUUCAUUCAUUGUGUGAACGAGCCUUCAUCCCCAGCCCCGCAUCUUGACUCAGAACCUCUGACCUUCAAACCCAACUGACCCUACUCACUUCUCUCUGACCCCCAACUUCACACCCCAACAGGGUGUGCCUGUUCUCCUUGCAACCUCUCAAGCGUCUCCCCCAUCUUGUCUUGUCCACAGCUCCGGCAGCUACUGAAGAGGAGCCGUGUGGCACCCCCAGGCCUGUCCUCUUAGGACUCAAACCCAGAACCUGGACUGAUUUUCCAGUCCCCACCGUCCUGUGGGACAGCCAGCGUAUGCUAAUGUUGCAAAUCCGUGAUAAUGUAUGUGCAUAAUGUCCUGCCAUCGGGGUCUUACAUUAAAACCCCAAAAUGGCUGUUGGUGGGUAAACAGUCCCCAAUAUUUGGGGUGGUGUGAUACCCUUCCUCCACCCACAAGGAGCCCCCUUGAUGAUUUCUGUGAAAUCGAGGCCCCUUGAUUGUUUCUGUGAAACACACUGGACCCCCAGCCCUUUCCCCACCAGGAUCUUUUGGGGUCCAGAUGUAACUCCCCUAUAUGGUACUUGGAGUAUGCCAAAAGAGCUUCCAGUACCAUCCUAGUAGAGCUCCUAAGAUGACCCCUGACCUCCCCAGGACCCACCCCCUUCAGGUCCUUAACCCUGAGACAUAGGAAGGACUCUCGAUCAUAGUCCCCUAGGUCCUACUGCUUUAAGUCACAACACAGCCAGGCCCCUGACCCAGACCUCAGUAUUUCUAGUGAAUCCCUCCCCUGUCUGAAACUCUUGAUUAAACUCAGCUUGGACUAGAACCGUUACUGUCUAAUCUCUAAUCAUUGUGCAGGGAAGCGGCUGAGGAGCCGUGUUUGGGUGGAUGUGUCUGGGUGGGGGUUGUAGCAGACACGGCGGGUGCCAAGUCCCUACCCUGUCCCCCUCACCCUGUCAACACCUGGCGGUCUAACUGCCAGGGCCGGCACGUGACUCUGCCUGUGGGCAUUCUCAGACCACUGGUGCCCGCUUUGCCCUGGGUGUGAGUGUGGUAAGACUUCCAUGCCAGGAGGAUCAUGCCUCUUCCCACUCCAGCAGCUCUCAACCAGUGACUGACUGAAGGGAGGCGGUAUGUAAAUGCUCCAGGUCCCCUGCCUCCGUGGGGAUAACUGGGAAGUGUGUGUUCUACACGGGCUCUCAAAGCUCCCCAGUGGAACGAAGCUCCGGUUCUCCACCAUGGUUCUGGCUUGAUAACGUACCCUUUCUUGGCAGCUUUCCCUUUUCUGGGUCCCUUCCUGCUCCCCUAUCAAUGUUCUCCACUCCUUGCAGGUAAUCUUGUCCUCAAAUCCUUGCCUCAACCUCUGCUUCCAGAGAAACCCAAACGAAAGACGGAAGACCUCCACAAUGCCCCCUUGUACCUCUGUCCCACAGCCUCUGCUCUGUCUUCCGUCCCAGUCUUGUCGCUCCAGAAAGCCCUCUGACGCACGGUGGCCCCCACUGCUUGGAGCCUCUCACGGACAACAAACCAAGCACACUUCAGGGCAUAUGCCAGAGUCUCUACCCCAAAACUUAACGCUUAAAACAACCACCACUUUUGUUUUUUGAUAAAUUUAUUUAUUUAUUUUUGGCUGCAUAGGGUCUUCGUUGCU